AAGCUUCUUCGGGAUAAAUUUAAUUACUAUGCUUAUUCAAAAGCAAGCUCCAAGCUUCGACAUGCUGGCCUGCAUGCCGGAUGACUCCUUCAAGAAUGUCAAGCUAUCGGACUAUAAGGGAAAAUAUGUAGUCUUGUACUUCUAUCCGGCAGACUUUACGUUUGUCUGUGCUUCCGAGACCAUAGGUUUCCACAACGCUAUGUCGGAGUUCUCGAACCGCAACUGCAUUGUUGUGGGCGCUUCAUGCGAUACUGCGCACGUGCACAAGGCGUGGAAGAACACGGAGAAGAAGCUUGGUGGAUUGGGCACUAAGAUCAACCACCCGAUCAUCGCCGACAACAGUAAAGAACUUGCUCGUGCUUAUGACGUCCUUCUCGAGGAUGACGGCGUAGCUGUCCGUGGUGUAUUCAUCAUUGGUAAGGACGGUGUGGUUCGCUCUGAGAUGAAGAACGAUCUCCCUCUUGGUCGCAAUGUGGAGGAAGUAAUUCGUGUGCUUGAUAGUGUCAUUGAGACCGAUGAGCAUGGCGUUGUCUGUCCUGCUAAUUGGAAGAAAGGCAAAGACACGAUGGUGCCGAGCACUGAGGGCGUCGCCGAUUAUCUCAUGAAGCACACGUGAUGUCGAACUCUCGUCAUUGUUUAUUCAAAUGACGGCUUGGGGGAUGAUUUUAAUGUUUG